CGAAGGUCCCCUUCGCCUUGUCGGAUCAGCAAUUCAGAUUGCAUGCAAAUCGAGACGGCGUCAUUGUGAGAGCCGCGCGGGUGAGGAGGGGGGAGACGCAGAGAGAGAGAGUCGCGCAGCGCAUUCCUUGAGAGAGAGAAAGAGAGAGAGGGAUCCCUUCCCCUUCCUUGUCUCCCAGCCGCCGGCAGCAGCAGCAGCAGAUGCAGCGAGUUUGGCUGAAAGAGGAGAGAGAUUAGAGUUAGUUUGUCGGGAAGUUUCGGAGGGUAUAUCUACGGUGUUUGUUCUCCCGAGGUCCCGGGCGGAGCGUUUUUCAUUCCACCAACUUUUUCCGGUCGGUAACUCUGCGCCUCUCACGCCGAGAUGGAAGCAGGGCAGCGGGGACACUUGUGCGUGUGGCGGGGGUGGUGGUGGACGGCCACGCUUCUACUGGCGCUUUUCUGUCAGAGGUGCGAUGGAAGUUGCCCAGAACAAGAUCUGGAAAAGAGAGAAGAGGAGGCUAAGAUCGUGCUGACCGGCACCGUGGAGGAGAUCAUGAACAUGGACCCGGUGCACAACACAUACUCCUGCAAGGUGAGGGUGUGGCGCUACCUCAAAGGGAAGACCGUCGUCAACGGCGACAUCCUGCUGGACGGCGGCAACAAGGUGAUGAUCGGCGGCUUCGGGGACCCCGGCAUCUGCGACAACCAGGUCGCCACGGGCGACACGCGCAUCUUCUUCCUGAACCUGGCGGGGUUGCUGCCCUGGCCGGUGCACCGCAACGAGCUGCUGCUGAACUCCAGCCUGAUGAGGAUUACCCUGAGGAACCUGGAGGACGUGGAGCACUGCGUGGAAGGUAGGCGCACCUCAGGGGCCCGGCGGGGGGGGGGGGGGGGUCCCCUGGGUCUCCCAGUCUGGAGGAACCCCCCCCAACACACGCACACGGGCUGCAUUUUGGCUCAGGAGGUAGAGCGGGUCGGCUCGUAACCGGAGGGUCGCCGG